GUAAAUUUUCUGGCGGCGGACGAUUGUCCGUGGCCAUGGCCGAGUUCCUGGCGGCGGACGUGCUGUGGAGCUUGGGAUGGGGCGUGGCCGGGCUGCUGUUUCUGGCGUGGGCCUCGCGGGUGCUCAACUGGGCGUGGUGGAGGCCGAGGCGGCUGGAGCGCGCGCUCCGGGCGCAGGGGCUCAAAGGCACCGCAUACCGCUUCCCCUACGGCGACCUCAAGGAGAACGCGCGGUUCAGCAAGGAGGCCCGCGCCAAGUCCAUGCCCCUCGCCCACAACAUCAUCCCUCGCCUUCUCCCUUUUUAUCAUCGCGCCAUGGACGAGUACGGUAAGAUAUCAUUCACAUGGUCGGGGCCUGUGCCGCAAGUGGCCAUCACGGAUCCGGAGCUGGUGAGGGAGGUUCUAUCCAAUAAGUUCGGCCACUUCGGGAAGCCGAACCAGAACCCCCUCGCCCGGUUCUUCGCCAGAGGCCUCGCUGUGUACGAAGGCGAAAAGUGGGUCAAACAUAGGAGGAUUCUGAAUCCUGCUUUCCAUGCGGAGAAGCUAAAGCGAAUGUUGCCGGCGUUCUCUGCUUGCUGUAGUGAUCUGAUGGAUAGAUGGGAGAAUAUGGCGGGCUCUGAGGCAUGUUAUGAGUUAGAUGUUUGGCCUGAGCUCCAAAGCUUCACUGGAGAUGUCAUUUCACGAACUGCUUUCGGUAGCAGCCACAAAGAAGGAAGGCCAAUUUUCCAACUUCAAGCUGAGCAGGCUGAGCUCCUUAUUCAAGUUGUCCAAAAUCUUUAUGUCCCAGGGUACAGGUUUCUUCCCACCCCAAAGAACAAGAGAAUAAGAGCAAUUGAUAGAGAGAUCCGAUCGAUUCUGAGAGGCAUAAUAAAGAAGAGAGAACAGGAUAUAAAGACUGGAAAGGCAAGCAACGAUGACCUGUUGGGGCUGUUGAUGGAGUCCAACAUGAAGCACUUACAAGAAGAUGGGAACAAGAAUGCCGGAAUGACUACCGAAGAUGUGAUUGAAGAAUGCAAGCUCUUCUACUUUGCAGGGCAGGAGACAACAUCUGUGUUGCUGACAUGGACAAUGAUCUGCUUGAGCAUGCAUCCUACCUGGCAGAUCCGCGCUAGAGAAGAAGUUCUUCGAGUCUUUGGCGAUGACAAACCCGAUUUUGAUGGCUUGAACCACUUAAAGAUCGUGACCAUGAUUCUGUAUGAGGUGCUCAGGCUAUACCCUCCAUUUAUUCUCCUCCGGAGGCAGACAUACAAGCCGAUGAAACUUGGAGAUGUGGUUUACCCACCAGGAGUUCUCCUCCUGCUGCAUGUAAUCUUCGUCCACCAUGAUCCAAACCUGUGGGGCAAAGAUGUCAGUGAGUUCAAUCCAGAGAGGUUCGCCGAAGGGGUCUCAAAGGCGUCGAAGGAACAGGUUGCGUUCUUCCCGUUCGGCGGAGGCCCUCGAAUUUGCAUCGGCCAGAACUUUGCGUUGCUGGAAGCAAAGAUGGGACUGAGCAUGAUUCUUCAGCAUUUCUCCUUUGAUCUCUCCCCGUCGUAUGCUCACGCUCCACACGCUGUCUUCACUCUUCAUCCCCAGCACGGUGCUCAAAUAAGGUUGCGAAAACUCUCAAGUACUUGGUAGUUAGGAAAUCGCAGGCAAAAUAUGUAUGUGAAGUUGAACCCUGCUUCAGGACUAUACAUGAAGUCCUGAAGACUAUAUGUAUAUGCAAAAUAUGUAAUAGUCGUAUAGUCCUGUAAACUAUAUGAAUAUGCAAAAGCUUAGAGCACACUGUUUGAUAACUAGAUUGAGUAUGUAAGUUUCAAUAACUGUUUCAUUGA